CCCGCCGGCAGCAUGAGCCCGUCCUUCCUCCUCCUCCUCCUCCUCCUCCUCGUCCUGCCCGCCCGCGCCAGGCGGGAGCAGGUGCCCGGCGGGGGGCAGCCGGGCCGCAACGCCCCCGCGCCUUCCUCCUCUUCCUCCUCAUCCUCCUCCCCGCCGGCGGCGGCGGCGGGGCCGAGCCGGUUCCCGCGGAGCCGCCCGGGGCGGCGGCGGGGCCGGCUGUACUGCCGGGUGGGCAUCGGCUUCCACCUCCAGCUGCACCCCGACGGACGGGUGGACGGCGCCCACGACGCCAGCCCGCUCAGCCCGGUUCACGGCGGACUGCCAUUUUCGGGAGCGUUUCCAGGAGAACAGCUACAACACCUACGCCUCGGCCGUGCACCGCAGCCCGCGCUCGGGACGGCAGUGGUACGUGGCGCUCAACAAGCGGGGCAAAGCCAAGAGGGGCUGCAGCCCCCGCGCCCGCCCCCAGCAUGUCUCCACGCACUUUCUGCCCCGCUUUCGGCAGCCCCAGCCCCCCGAGCUCGCCUUCACCGUCACCCUCCCCGAAAAGAAGCCCCCGCCGCCGCCAAAACCAAAGGUCGCCCCAUCCCCGCCUCGGAAAAACCCUGGCCCCGUCAAGUACCGGCUGAAGUUUCGCUUCGGGUAGCACACAACGGUGGGAGGGCCGGCGCCGGGGCAGCUUUUGGGGUGACCCCGCAGGGGACAUACAUCCCCCCUCCCCAGAUGGACAUGGGGAGGCUCUGUGUGGCCGUGAUGGGCUCAGGGUCUUCUCUUCACCCCACAAAGCGGACGGCAUUCUCGGAGGUGGACGAUGUAACUUGGGAUUUCCAAAGACUGUUCCUGUGGAGCGGAAAACACUCGAUGGACCUGGGGUUAAUUUUCUGUUGGCGAAAGAAGCAGAAAGGUACCUCUACGGAGAACACGUUUUCUUAGCUUAUCUUCACUAGUGACUCUUCUGACAAUCAUUUUCAUACGAGAGAUAUGUUCAGAGCCAACCUAUUAAGUGCUUUUUUUUCCUUUUUGUUUCUUUUUUUUUUUAAUCUCCUUUUUGCUGCACUUUUUUUCCUCCGACCAUACCUCAGACACCGCAUAUCCAGGUCUGCCCCUUCCCCUUCUCUCACAAACCAGCUCCUCCCUUCCACAAGACCACCAAGCCCAACAGAUUCAUUCACCUUAUCUGUGGUGCCAGGGGGUCUUAAAACUCUUUGUUGGCAAUAAUAGAUAUAUUUUAUUAUUUCUUCUUUUUUAAGGGUUGCAGGCUUGGGGAGGGCGGCCGUUUGCAGCCCCGCUCCUGGUGCUCUCUCCCGUUCUUCCCGGGACAGCUGGAGGAGCGAGUCUCCUCCUGUCCAUCAACGUUACGGCUUCAUGUCUGUGUUUAAAAUACCUCUGCCCCGGCCCCUCCACAGCCCCGCUCCCUGGGGAUGGGGAUGCGCUCGGCCCCCGGGUGCCCACCGUCUUCUUCUGACAGUUUGCGCCGCUGACUUAUUUUAUCGUUCACAACGCGCUUACAGAGACGGGGGAAAGGGUUUUACUUCAUAGCGAGCGUGGCGAUGCGGCAAUAAACGCUCUUACAGCUACUUGUACCUUUGGAAGUGUUUUUUCCUCCCCCCGGGCUGCCCUAAUGGCCCUGAUGGUCGGGGUGUUUCUCCCUUGUGGUGUUAUCUGUGGAGUAAUUGCACGUAUGGAGUUUUUAAUCAGCACUUAACUGUGUUAUGUACAUGCAGAAAACGGUAGCAUUGAACCUCACCGGUUAAGCCUUAAUAUUAGCCCAGGUGGGCUCGUGUUAGCAAACCCCGCCCCCCCCAGCCCCGAGCCCUGCCAGUGCCCAGCAGCAAUAGCCAGGGCAGGCGGCACUGCCCAGCCUUUCUGCAGAUCUGAGCGUGUUACGUGUGGUUAUUUCAGUUGAAAUGGUGGUUCUUUGCUCAUCGUCCUCCUGGGCAACCCCUGGCUGGACGCAGCGCGCUCCACCAUGGGGAUGGAUGGGGACGCUGGAAUAAAAUAUAAUCACGCUUCAUUUUAUAGCCUGGUUGUGUAAUCUCUUGCCUGUCUGCUGUCUGUGCAUUUUAUUUUUUCUUUUCUUCCGCUAGAGGAGUAAAAGAAUUGUUGCUUAAAUAAGCUGCUCUGCGUGUUUCUGUAGAGGGUUUGGCUGG